AUGUCCUCUGAUCGCGCCCUCACUGAGGAGCAGCUCAAUGCCUUGUUUGAUAUCCUCUCUCACAAUGAAACGUAUGCUGAAAUUGAAGGCUUCAAGUACUCCGAAGCCGUGACCAACUAUGGGUAUCCCUUUAGGAGCGCAAAUGUCGCAUCGAAGACCGAAUCUUCAACGCCGUUCACCACAGCCCCCAACACCCCGCGACUCCGAAGCCCUAUGCCAGCACGCAGCUCGAUAGAAUCCAACUCAGACAGCGCCAAGUCUACGAGCCCGGUGCUGCAAACUCUACUUACCCGAUUCAUCCUCCCUCUGCCAUGGCUGAAGGAACUUCCCCGAGACUUCUGGGCGGUGAGGGUGCGGGGUAUUUUGUGCCGACUGGCCGACGCAGGGCUAUCCGAGAGCUACGACAAGGGAGCUCUGGGGUUGAGGAAAACUCUGGCCACUGGGGCGAGCACUCUCAUUGAGAUGGUUGGCAGAGGUGUGCUUGGCGGUGUCGCCGAGACCGACGAAAUGAAGGGGGAGCUCGAUCUGAACAAGGCCGAGGAUCUGGAGCGGGCUUGGGACGACUUUGUCCAGCAGCUUGUACAUGGGAACUUGGUCACAGAGAUGUUUCCUCACAUGGUGGAGACGGAUGACCUCGAGGCGCACUCGGACACAAUGAAGGGCGCUGCUGACUACGCCAUCGUUCACCUUGCAACUUUCAUCCAUCACGUCUUUGUGACCUCACCGGAAGGACAGUACCUCCUGCAGCUACUACAAAACGUACACGGACUCAUUCCCUACAAAAUGCUCAAGCAGACCCUGCGGAUAGGAAACGCAGCGUCAAUGAUCAACGGAGUCAUCAGGCUGUUGCUCGCAAAAAUGAGCCUCGGUGGCAUCACCAACUGGGUAGGCCUCACGACGAAUGCGGAGGAUGGAAUGAACCUUUUGCAGCGCAUCAUCAGCCUCGUCCUGUCCUGGGACGCUGCAGAGUUCAAGAAAAGCGCCGAAAAGAUCGAGAAGGACAAAGGCGAAGGUCGGCCGGAUUCCGAGAUUCUCGAAACACUGCGAGACUACAUUAGCGAGGGGGAGCGCGUGGAGCGAGACGCUGUGCGGCAAACGAGCCUGGCACAAUCACAGUCCAUCGUCACCGCCAUUCUCUCGACGACAGAGCCCGAGCUCGCGGCUGGGCUCUCCGAACUUAAGCACGUCUCGGCACUCCAGUACUACUCUGCCCUCCUAUCUGUCCGUGACCGCGACGCAAUCACCUCCGCUCUGUGUCGUCAGUCCCCGGAUCACUUCACAACGAUGAUAAAGGAGCUCGUGGCUUCUUACGAGCCGUUCAUCCGCAUGGUCCAUCAAGGUGUCGAUUUACGCGAGUAUCUCGAGGCUGGCCAGGCCUUUAUCGAUGAAUUUAUCACGACCAGCCGAGGCUCGGAGGGAAAGCGAGCUAGUGUAGAGGACUACGUGGGCCUGUUGCGAAGGAACAAGCACAUUUUCUACCGAUGGGUACACGAUGUUGCGAAGAAUUGCCCCGAGGUCUGGGAGGAACUGCAGACAUGGAGCCUGGACGUGGUGGUCAAGUUCAGGCAAACGCCUGCCGAGAACCAGAAACGAUCCGUCAUGGCUACAAGAUUGGAAGCACUGUUUGUCGGGCUUCCGGAAGCCUCGCGAAGAGACGUGAUGGCAGCGCUGGACAAGCACGCCAAGCACCUGUGCGAGUUGAGUCGGUUAUCACACAAGGACCUCCAGAGUAUUCUCACUAGCACAUCAAGUGGCGUGGGUGGAAACGAUGGCAGCCAGACGGGCCCGGGCAUAUACCUCUUCCGCUGGCAGAGUCUCCUAGACACAACACCGGUUACCCCUGACAUGCCCGUCGGGCCGAUACGACGAGGAAAAGAUGUCAAGCACAGUCUUGCCAUGGGGAAGACAAGCAUAAUCAGCGACAAGAACACUAUGUUUGGCGAGGGGGAAGGUGAUGUUGCAGCGAUAGAGGCGCCGGAUGUAAGAGUCGUGGUCAAGGAACUCGGCGAGGGAUUCGUCAAGGUCCUUCAGGAACUCGGCGGGCCUGAUUAG